AUGCUUCGCAGGAACAGCUGCAGAAGCCAGAAUCAUCGCCCCCUGAGCAGGAGCAGGUCAUCCGUUUCCAUCGUGCGAAACCCAGUCCAUGAACUCACGAGUAUCGAGCCAUAUGCGGCGGAGCGAGACGCAUAUCUUGCCGCAACUCUCUCGUACAAUAGAGCUCAGCCACAGAGCAAUGGCGGUGGAAAGGCUUCACGAUUGCAUCGUCAACAGAGCGUGAGGUUUGCCGGUCCCAACGCCCAGCCACAGAGGAGAUUAGCCGCUCGAGCGAGUAUGGCUUUGGUGGGAAAUAUAAAUAUGCCACGGCGCCCCGUGGGCUCUCAGCAUCUUUCGCAAUCCUCGUUUGAGCCGGGCGAGGACGCUGCAUCAUUAUCAUACGCGAGACUACGCAAGUCGAGAUCAAUGUAUACGCCUUCAAUCCCGAACACUCCCACCUACACGAUGGACAGCGGAGACAGCGUUGAUGUGCUUAACGGAUGGUUGCCAACGCCACAGAUCAGGAAAGAAAAUGAGCCCCUUCGGAGCUUUGGUGGCCCAGCACUGAGAUCGCCCAAAUCCAUGGGCUUCCUCUCAAAUGACUGUGAAAUAUCCACGUCUCGGGCAAGCAUUAGCAGCGGCCAUGCAUCCGUACAGCAGACACGCAAUGGGUUUUAUGAGCCGUCGGAGCGCUCGAGUCGCCUACAAAGCCGGCCGUCAAGUUUCUUUCGGUCAAGCUACAGGCACGCUCCGAAUCCGACGAGCUUCCCCAAAUCUCUUCGGGGCAGCAGCAACAAUACUUCGUUUCUCUCUUCAGAGUCUAUUUACGGUGCCAAAUUUCCUCCCCAGAUUCCUUCAGAGCAACCAGGGCUGCGAAAAAAGGCUCGCAAAAUCUCCAAAUCGCUCAAGAGCAGGAUCAAGGGGCUAUUCAGUCGUCCCAAGAAUAGAGAUGACAUUGUGGACCAGACUGAAGAGCAUCCCCAAGACCUUGAGUCGAAUAACGGCAGCAGCUACAGUUCCCAGACACCAGCUCGGUUAUCCCAUGAAGCAUCGCUCUAUCGCGUAAUAUCUCACAUGCCUUCUUUCCACGCAGUGCCCCCGAGUCAACAGCUCAGGUCACGACAGGGCAGCUUAGGAACCAUUGAAGUAGAAGACAAUACGCUCGACGAUGAUAAAUCGCGAGUCACUAGUUGGACCAACUCCACAGCAGACACAAUUUCAAACCAACUUUCGGCAAACUGGAGUCGGCAAUACCCGUCUCUCCUUCAAGACGACAUGGACACCACGCUUUCGCCUCACAAUCAGACCUCAAUGUAUCGCAAGAACAUGAUAAAUACUGGUCCUAUAGUCAAUAGUCAGCGCGUGUACUCGGCGCUCAUGAAGAGAUUGCAAGAAAAAAACGGCCAUCAAAAUCAGUCAUUGGGCGAAGAUCAUAUGACCCCGGAUCCUGUGGAGACAAAUUCACUGCGAAGCACUUCAACGAUAAGACGGCAAACCCGUCAAGCCAUGUAUGCAGGAUCAACUCAUACAAUUCGCCAUGUUCAGUAUGAUGACGACGUCUUCCAAGAUAGUGUUGAAGGGUCGACCACAUCACGCUACUCUUCAGAAUCUACAAAAAGCGUCAUUAGGCGCCAUCAAUCCUCAGACUCACUACAGGACUACGGUCACAAGUCUUGUCCCAGUCCGGGUUCUGGGAACGUGUCGGGUUUUCCCCCUAAUACGAAUGAUGUUAAGCCGCAUCCAGUUACUGAGAAUCAAAAGCCGACGCUCUCUGGCCGAAGCUCAGCCUUCUUUGCCAGCCCAACAUGUCAUCUGUUUCGUACAACAAGUCCGUAUCGCCGAGCACUGCAAGAGAGUAUGAGGGCAGCCCAGGCCAGCAACCAGCCUCAAACGCCUGGCACUAAACAUCUAAGUUCGCUGUCUGCACUUAGCCUUCCUAUACGCCGCCCAAGCACUGAGGAAUCUGACGAUGAUGCACGAGUGGCCUACGCAGAGAGCGUGUACUCUAACUCCAGCGAAGAGAAUGCGCCCCAAGUUGAUGAACCCUCGCCUCCUCUGAGAUCAACAGAAGAAGAACCAAGACCUCAGGUUCACGGUGACGCCACCAUCUUCCUCAAUACCGAAAGACCACGGCUGCCACCUCCAAGUCAUACUCGAGAUAGCUCCUCUGCCAGCUCUGUCGAGUGGAAGACUUGGCUCAGUGCCAACGUGUCCAAGCUGGAGACGCCUCCGACCACACUUAAGCCUGAUCUCUCUCAAGAGCCUUCAUCUGCCCCCCAGACUUUUAGCCAUGUCAGGGAGAAGACGGAGAUUGACUCUGAUGUGGAUGAUUAUCCUCAAGACGCGCCAGGUGGCGGCCUGUCACCUAAGCUGGGGCUGAGCAAGGAUAACCACAGUCCUUCUGUCUUGACACCAAUACCAAGGGGGAAAUUCCAUCUUGUGAAUCCUUGGCAUCUUCAAUCUACGGCUAGCAAUGAAAACUCUCCACCGACAUCAGGGGUGCGAUCCAAAAGCGCCUGUAGUAAAGAUGCCUCACCAGUGGCUCCAAAAGGGCAUCUGCGCACUAUUCCGUCGGUUCCCAACGUCAACACUUGUGCGACUAACGCUGAAUCGUUAAUGGGAGAGCCACGAAAUCCCUCUCUAAACACUUGUUCUAAACCAUUCGAUCCUGUCAGAGAAGAGGCGCGCCUCAAACGACGAUCACGAACUCGUCUCGGGGCAAAUGACGCAUCGGCCAAGUCUAGCCCCGGCUUUACGACCGCUCUUAAGAGGCAGUUUGGGGUUAGUAGGACAGGCUCACCCGGGGUAUGGAAGGCAGAAGAGCCGUCAGGCGAACUUGGGUCAGAAGCAGACCCAGGGGUUGACGAGUUGGGGCGUCGAGACUUUGAUGCGCAGGCCAUGGGGAGCCGGAGGAUGGUUGACUUGUUUCUGAGUAGUCGACGACAGAGAAUUGCAGGUAGCCAGACGAGACAGAGCAGCGACAGUCUGUCAGCAGCCUUUAUCUAA